GGGGAAGAAGCGGAAAGGGGAGGGACUGCACUCCGGAGCGUGCCCAGCCUCGACUGCCUGACGGAUCACCUUCCGCUCCAACAUGGCCAGUUCCUCCACGCCGUGACUCACGCCUAUUGUGCCAGGCUGGACGCACUCAGACGUGCAGCCCCACAGGUGGCAUCAGCUUGGCGAGACGGUUCCCGCCAGGCUAGGCAGUGGAGCGCCGCACAGCGCGCCUUCCCGCCUCCCAGCCGCCGCCCGAGCAGUUCCGACCCAGCGCCAGCAGGCCUGGUCGGUCGAUCUUCGAGCCGAAGAUGCGGCGGGGUUGGAAGAUGGCUCUGUCUGGGGGGCUACGGUGCUGCCGCCGGGUACUUUCCUGGGUACCAGUGCUUGUUAUUGUCCUCGUCGUGCUCUGGUCCUACUAUGCCUACGUCUUUGAACUCUGCCUGGUGACUGUUUUGAGCCCAGCAGAAAAAGUUAUCUACCUCAUACUCUACCAUGCCAUCUUUGUGUUCUUUGCCUGGACCUACUGGAAGUCUAUCUUUACACUUCCACAGCAGCCAAACCAGAAGUUCCAUUUGUCCUAUACAGACAAAGAGCGCUAUGAAAAUGAAGAGAGGCCUGAGGUUCAGAAGCAGAUGCUUGUUGAUAUGGCCAAGAAGCUACCAGUUUACACAAGAACCGGGAGUGGAGCCGUACGAUUCUGUGACCGGUGCCAUCUGAUCAAGCCAGACCGCUGCCACCACUGCUCUGUCUGUGCCAUGUGUGUAUUAAAAAUGGAUCAUCACUGCCCUUGGGUUAACAACUGCAUUGGAUUUUCCAACUACAAAUUCUUCCUUCAGUUCUUAGCUUAUUCUGUUCUCUACUGCCUGUACAUUGCUACAACAGUCUUCAGCUAUUUCAUCAAAUACUGGAGAGGGGAAUUGCCCAGUGUUCGCUCUAAGUUCCAUGUCCUUUUUCUCCUCUUUGUGGCCUGCAUGUUUUUUGUCAGCCUUGUGAUUCUCUUUGGUUACCAUUGUUGGCUUGUCAGCAGAAACAAAACCACCUUAGAGGCCUUCUGCACUCCAGUGUUUACAAGUGGCCCAGAGAAAAAUGGGUUCAACCUUGGCUUCAUCAAGAAUAUCCAGCAGGUGUUUGGAGAUAACAAGAAGCUCUGGUUAAUACCUAUUGGGUCCAGCCCCGGUGAUGGACACUCCUUCCCUAUGAGAUCUAUGAAUGAGUCACAGAACCCACUGCUAGCAAAUGAAGAACCCUGGGAAGACAAUGAGGAUGACAACCAAGAUUAUCCAGAAGGCUCAUCAUCUCUUGCUGUGGAAACGGAAACAUAGCAGUUUUCACAUUUCCUGCAUCUCUCAGACAGGAUCCACCAUCUCCCACGAGGCUUAUAGAGUUCAUUGUUGGGAACCAUUCUAAUCUUCAAAAUAAGUCACCAUGUUGGAUUGAAACCUUCACAAUUUGAAAGCAUUCCAUCAAAUACUUGCUGUGCAAAUGUUUCAGGACUUUACAUUAUUUAAUUUACUGACUGAACUCCAAUUUGGUAGCAGUUAAUUCAAGCCAGUUUUCCUUUCUUUCUUCAUUUCCCCUCCCCCAAUCUGUGAAUGCCUAAAUGUAAAAUAUAUAUUUUUUCAUUCAUUUUAUCAGGUAAGAGGGAAUUCAGAAGACUUCUUUGGAGUCUUUAAUUCCCAUAGAAAGACUAUGAAUUAUAUCUAUAGGGUCUUUUUGAUGUUGAGGGGAAUCAGACUAUAUUUGCUGCUGUGUGCAUGUGCAUUUAUAGACAUGUGUAUGUGCAGCAUAUCUAUACAAAAUUCUGCUAUCGUGUUGUGAAAAUUAAGGUUAAAAAAUCUGAGGCAUUUAUUUAAUCAUGCUUUGUCUCUAAAUAACAGUUUAAAUAUUUGCUGAGCUUUAAACCAUCCUUACAUUAGGUAUCUAAAAUUUGAGAGGGUAAUUCAAUACACUGUGACCAAGGUCUUCAAACUGGGAAUCGAACAACAAUGUAAAACCUGUUCUCUGUCACAGAGAUUCCUGAAAGUACCACAGCUAAUUGAGAAGAUAAAAUCAGAUCAGGUCAGGACUUCUACUUUAUUAAACAUAACAAUUAGUGUUUUAAAGACCUUUAAUGCCAGGCUGUGGUGAAAUUCUCCAAUUACUUUUAUUCAUUUAUGUGCUACCUAGCUUUAUUUUAGCCUUUAUGAAUUACUUUUAUGAUAAAGAAAAACUACAAGCCUAAAUUAUAGACCAUAUGUUUUGUUAAGGGUUUUUCAGGGUCAUUUUCAGGUUUAAUGACAAUACUAUUCAUAAGGGUAAAGUUUCACAGCUGACAUUAGCCUGAGGAGUAGCACUAAAAAUCUGUUUUCACAGCAAGGGUUAAUGUACAGAUAGUGAUAACCAAAUAUGCCAAUCCUUCCUUCCUUCCUUCCUUCCCCCCUCCCUUCCUUCCUUGCUUUCUUUUUUCUAGCUUCAGUGGUAGUUUAGCCAUUAAAAUAGUUUACGUCCAUUUCC